AUGGAAGAAAGCGUAGGCGAAUCAUAUCAACAAGGACACACCUACAGCAGGGAAAUUCGAUGUCGCGUCCUAAUUGGCGUUUAUAGUACACAGGGGUACCAUGCCUUAUCUCUUAUCAUGCUUCUGGAAGUGGAGGAGGAGACGCGUGAUUUUAUAACGAUAUACAAGAAGGAAUUUCGAUCGAAAAGAACUGGCAGAACGAAGGCACAUAGGCCACAGCCCGAGUAUCCUCCACCCUUGAAUAAUUUAAAUGGCCCUUACAGAAAGUGUCUGAAUACACGGCGACAAAAUGCCGUUCUUCCCUUAAACGAACAAACCGAGGAUCCUCAAGAGACCUUAAACAGAAUUCACGAGAGAUAUCCGCGUCUAAAGGAAUUUCUUGAAAUUGUGCCAGAUGAGGAGACAACCGAAAGGAAAGAGAAUGAUCUUAAACAAACCGUGUAUCAAGUGGAUUAUUCGAAAGGUGAUUACUUACCUCGCGCGAAAAUACAUGGAAGAAGAAGAAAGGAUAUCCAUUUACCGGAAGAUUGGAUCAUAUUGGAGACGAUUCAAAAGAAAUCUUACAGGAAUCCGUGGGAAAUUGUAACAGAGGACUUCGUACGGGUAAAGAAAGCAUUGAAACCUCCGGACAAUCUAGUACCGAAUAGAAAGGAACGAGAAAUUCUUCGUACAAGAACUGGAGAUUCAGAGUACGAUGCAAUGAUAGGUGCUACCGGAAAUCGUGUGGUAAAAGAAUGUUUGUUUGGUCCACCGUUAUCAGUUGAACCGCAGAUAUACACUAAAAGUUCGGACAGUCCACCGUCUGAAUGCUCUGAAAUUCUAGCCGAGAAGAGAUUUGUACUUCCUUCUAACAUAAUUUAAUUCCUUUGAUCCAGCUUUUUUACGUGCCUCCACAUUUCCCCCAGAAGACAAUUAUUUCUAAUAAACAUCCAUUGAAGUUAGCAAUGGUUAUU